GGUGUUUUAUUAACAUUGCCAACAAAUAGAGUAUAUCGUUUUCUGUGUUAUUCGGACUGCGUAAAGCUCUUCAAAAAUGCUUCGUUGAAUGUAUUCCAAUGAAUAAAGAAUUCGUCGAUAUUUUUGAGACUUCUUGAGUUUAUCGCACGAAACUUGGUAAAAAUGAAUACGUUUGUCCUGUAGGAUGCACCAUUUUUGAUUCCAUCAUAUGUAUAUGGAGGAGAAAUGCCAAGAAUAUAACUUUGGGAAAUAAUACUUUAUUAUCCAGCAGUGCGAGUUUUUGCAUAUAUUCAAAUUAAACUGUUAAUUCUUAGAGCGGUUUUUACAAGAAUGAGUCGACAGAUAGAAAGAAAAUUUUUCACAAUCAAUAUUACCACAUUUUCUUUGUGUACUAUAGUAUAUUACUUAAUACAUCUGUUUUUAGAUGAAAAGUUGAAGCCACUUAUUAUCGUUGCUAUAUUCAGCUUAACAGAAUUUUACGAACCUCCCACACAAGUAUUGACGUACUAUUGGCAAUCGGAGAAUAUGGUAAAAUUAAUAACUAAGUUUAUGGAUACAUGCAAAGGAUUACCACGGCCUCCGAGGGAGUUUUACAGAUUAUUGACCCUGAAGAGAAUUAUAUUCAAAAGGUUCUAUCUUUAUAACUCGUUAGUGUGUAUGUUUAUUCACAUUUGGAAGGCUAGUGCCUGUUCUGAUAAAGAUCUGAGAUUUGUUUGUGGGAUCUACGUACCAUUAUGGUUGCCAAUUGAAACUAAUUACUUUCCAGUGAGAGAAAUCCUUCAAAUUAUCGAAGUAAUAAUUACAUACCGUCUAGUGCUGAUAACGGUGCAUCAGUCAAUCGAUGCCUAUAUUCUCAGUGAACUUUUUGAAUACAAAAGUAAACAAUUGAUGGAACUAAUGCACAAUACAUCGUUGAGUCGGGAGCAGCACUUAGGAAUUGUGAAGCAAAAGCUACACGAUAUCGUGAAUUAUCAUCAGCAACUUCACGAGUGUUUCGGAUUGAUAAGGGAUAUAAUAUGUGGAAUAAUUGCUCCAGGAGUCACAGUUUUCAUCCCAGCUGCUGCAACCCAAACAGUUUAUUUUAUGAGGGAUUUCAAUAUAGCCUGUUUACAGAUUUCUAUAUUAACUGUUUUCAUAUUCUACAUUUGCUUUGAUUCCAUUCAGAGAAUUACAGAUUUGGGUCAAAUUAUCCAAGAGGCAGCUUAUGGUAUGGAUUGGUAUGAAAUGGACAAAGAAAUGAAUAAAGAUUACAUAAUUUUUCUCAUGAAACUCCAGAUACCUCUCAAGAUGAAAUCAAUUUUGUUUAUAAUAGAGAAGCCAUUUUAUCUCUCGGUAAAUUUUGUUUCAUUUAUUAUUUGGCGAAAUAUCGCAAUAAAAAAUUUGAGGACCUCUUGUAAAUUCAUAUCGACUCCAGUAGUGAUUUUUGGGUUUGGAUAAUGAAAAAAAUUGUGAAAUAUCAUCAGUAUUGCUGGAACAGGACCAAAUGUUUCUCCCACAUUACUUUAUUUUCAAUAAUCCUCAUCUAUAUCUUACUGUCAUAAGAAAGUGAAAUCAUGUUCCAAUGAAUUUUGGCGA